AGAACCAGAUCCAAACUCUGGCAAUGCUGGGGCUUGAGGUUGAUUUUUCUCUUUUACCUUGCGAAAGUUUCUGAUGGGCGGAGCAUCUAGUAAUCCCUUUAAUUCCCGAGCUGUGUUUCAAUUUCCUUUUGAGCAAGUGCUUUCCUGCACUAAUCACAUUUUUUAGAGGAAGAGAAUUUGACAUAGUGUGAGCACCGUCAGCUAUUAAAUGUACUCCUAAAAGAUCCUCAAAAUGAGAUUUCCAGGGGAGAUCGUUUGGCUUAUAUUGUGGACUGUUUGUGUGGCUAAAGAAAGAUGUUUAAAAUCAGAUAUAACAAUUGAAAAUGGAUUUUUUUCUGAAUAUGAAUUUGCAUAUCCCUUGAAUAAAGAAACACAAUAUCAGUGUAAACCAGGAUAUGUAACACCAGAUGGUAAAACUUCAGGAUCAAUUACAUGUCUGCAAAGUGGAUGGUCACCUCAACCCACAUGUAUUAAAUCUUGUGACGUGCCAGUAUUGGAGAAUGCCAGAAUCAAAAGCCAUGGCACGUGGUUUAAACUCAAUGACAAGUUGGACUAUGAAUGCCAUGACGGAUUUGAAAGCAGAGAUGGGCGCACAGGUUCCAUAGUGUGUGAUAACGAUGGUUGGUCUCCUAAACCAAUAUGUUAUGAAAUAGAAUGCCAGGUUCCCCAAAUAGAAAAAUACUUAGUUCCUGAGCCCAGAAAACACAAAUAUAGAGUUGGAGACCUGUUGAAAUUCUCCUGCAGACAAAGACUUAAAAGAGUUGGACCAGAUUCAGUUCAGUGUUACCAUUUUGGAUGGUCCCCUAGUCUUCCAACAUGUAAAGAGCAAACAAAACGGUGUUCGCCACCUCCUCAACUCCUCAAUGGGGAAGUUAAAGAAACAGACAAAGAAAUCUACGAACACAAUGAUUUGGCAGAAUAUGUUUGCAAUACUAGAUUUCUGAUGAAGGGUUUUAAUAAAAUUCAAUGUGUUGAUGGACAAUGGACAGACUUGCCUAUGUGUAUUGAGGUGGAGAGUACAUGUGGAGAUAUACCUGAACUUCAUUAUGGCUCUGUUGUUGAGUCUUCUGUCCCUCCCUAUCACCAUGGAGAUUCAGUAGAGUUCAAUUGCACAGAAGAAUUUACAAUGAUUGGACACAAGUCAAUUACAUGUAUUAGUGGAAUGUGGACCCCACUUCCUCAGUGUAUCGCAACUGACAAACUUGAGAAGUGUAAAUACAGCUUGACUAGAAAAGAAACAAAUCCAUUAAGUAAGAUUGUAUUUGAUCAUAAUGAGAAAAUAAGUUAUAAAUGCAGAAGAACAAUGAAGCAGAAACAUUCAACAUGCAUAAAUGGACGAUGGGAUCCCGAACUAAACUGCACAGAAGUUCAAACACAGUCAUGCCCCCCUCCACCUCAGAUUCCCAAUGCUCAAAAUAUGGCAACGACGGUGAAUUAUCAGGAUGGAGAAAAAGUAUCUGUUGUCUGUCAAGACAAUUAUAUACUUCAGGAUGCAGAAGAAAUUGUGUGCAAAGAUGGAAGAUGGCAGUCAAUACCACGCUGUGUUGAAAAACUUGCGUGUCCUCAACCACCUCGUAUAGAACAUGGAACCAUUAAAUCAUCUGAAUUUUCAGAAGAAAUAGAAGAAACACUGAAACCUAAGCUUUACCCACAUGGCAGCAAAUUAAAUUACACUUGUGAGGAUGGUUUCAGAAUAUCUGAAAAAGAUGAGAUAACAUGCCAGAUGGGAAAAUGGAGUUCUCUACCCCGGUGUGUAGGGCUUCCUUGUGCACCACCAGAAUAUGUGGUUCUACGUAGUAUUCCACCUCGCAAAUCAGACACUUACCAGUAUGGAGAAGAAAUAGUGUAUGAAUGUGUCGAAGGUUUUUGGAUUAAUGGAUCUGCAUCUAUAAAAUGUUUAGGAGGAAAAUGGUCCCAUCCACCAAAAUGCAUAAAAACAGACUGUUUUGGCUUACCCGAUUUUGGUAAUGCCAUACCCAUAGGCCCAAUGAAGGAAUCAUAUAAGUCAGAAGAAAAAGUGACUUAUAAAUGUCCAAAAUAUUACGAAAUGGAUGGACCCAAUUUUGUACAGUGUAUUAAGAGCCAAUGGAUAGGAAAGCCAACAUGCAAAGGUACUUCAAUAAAAUUUUAGAAUCUAUUUAUCAAAAUGCCUUAAG